UCUUCCUGUCCUGGUUGCAGUUGAGCGACAGUGAGAAGAGAAGAGAGGACGUACACUCACUCACACUCUCACAGACACACAGACACACACACACACACAUACACCCAUCCAGUCAAACUCUCUCUCAUUCACUCUUUCUCCUCCUGUCCCUCUGUCUUUCUCACUCACACACAUAUACAUACGCACACAUACAUACACACACACACACACAGCCUCUCUCUCUUUCACACACACACACACACACACACACACACACACACACACACAAUUCAGCUGCACUGUUAUUCGUAUAAAUAUUCACACACACAGCAAAUUUGUAUCUCUCUAACAGACAUAUAGACAUGCACUCACCAAGGACCAGUUGCCUGCUCAGUAGUAGUUCUUAGUAGUAGCUGUGUGUGUUUCGUCGGGGCCCCUUGUGUGUGUGUCACUGGGCUAUGCGCGCGGGGCCCCAUCUUUCUCUGGUUGGCAUCAGCGUUGUUGCUGAGGAGCAUCACCGGUGGUGGUGGCGUUGGCACGGUAAUAGCGGUGUGGUUCGGUUGCCGGGGGCAAUGCCCACAUGGAUAAGGAGAAGCGCAAGUUCAGGGUGAGCCAGCUGCUACCCCUCUACCUCUUCAGGCGACAACCAACCAAGACGUUCACCGUCCCCUCCGACAACCACAAUGCUGCCGCCAACGGCAACGGCGGCGUCAAGGCAACAGCAACAUCAGCAGCAUCCUCUACAGUCUCUAUGGGCAGAGCGCUGGAUACCUGGACGGAAGACGAUGAUAUCAAGGAGAUCAACAUCACCCAUGUGGUCAAGGAGGGCUCAGAGAAGGCCGACGCCUCACAGUUCGAGCUGCUCAAGGUCCUGGGACAAGGCUCGUUCGGGAAGGUGUUCCUGGUGCGGAAGGUGACCCCACCCGACAACAACCAGCUGUACGCUAUGAAGGUGUUGAGGAAAGCCACGCUGAAAGUAAGAGACCGGGUGCGGACCAAGAUGGAGCGUGACAUUCUGGCUGAGGUCAACCACCCGUUCGUGGUGAAGCUGCAUUAUGCCUUCCAGACAGAGGGGAAGCUCUAUCUUAUUCUGGACUUCCUCCGAGGAGGGGAUCUGUUCACACGACUCUCCAAAGAGGUGAUGUUCACGGAGGAGGAUGUCAAGAUCUACCUGGCGGAGCUGGCGUUGGGACUGGACCACCUGCACAGCCUGGGAAUCAUCUACAGAGACCUCAAGCCUGAGAAUAUCCUUCUGGACGAAGAGGGACACAUUAAACUCACAGAUUUUGGUCUGUGUAAGGAGGCCAUUGACCACCAGAAGAAGGCCUUCUCCUUCUGUGGUACCGUAGAGUACAUGGCCCCAGAGGUGGUGAACAGGCAGGGCCACAACCACAGCGCCGACUGGUGGUCGUAUGGGGUACUGAUGUUUGAGAUGCUGACGGGAUCCCUUCCUUUCCAAGGAAAAGACCGCAAGGAGACCAUGAACAUGAUCCUCAAAGCGAGGUUGGGAAUGCCUCAGUUUUUGAGUGCGGAGGCCCAGUCUCUUCUUAGAGCGCUGUUCAAGAGGAACCCUGUAAAUAGACUUGGGUCUGGGUCUGAUGGUGCUGAGGAACUAAAGCGCCACAAUUUCUUUACCAACAUCGAUUGGAAUAAACUGUUCCGUCGAGAGAUCAAGCCGCCAUUCAAGCCUGCUGUAGCCCGACCCGAUGACACCUUCUACUUCGACACAGAGUUCACCUCCCGCACACCCAAAGACUCGCCCGGUGUGCCCCCCAGUGCUGGGGCCCAUCAGCUGUUCCGUGGCUUCAGCUUCAUUGCCACGACACUGCUGGAGGAGGAGGGCAUAGAGGAGCCCCCGCAGCAGCCCCCACACCCUGUCGUACAGCAGCUCCAUGGGAAGAACCUGUUGUUCAGCGAUGGCUACGUGCUGAAGGAGGACAUUGGCAUGGGGGCCUUCUCCGUCUGCAAGCGCUGCAUACACAAGACCACCAACGCAGAGUUCGCCGUCAAGGUGAUUGAUAAGACCAUGACGGACCCCUCAGAGGAGAUUGAGAUUCUGCUGCGCUACGGACAGCAUCCCAACAUCAUCACGCUCAAGGAUGUGUAUGACACGGGUAAGGAAGUGUACCUGGUGACAGAGCUGAUGAGGGGAGGGGAGCUGCUGGAUCGCAUCCUGAAGCAGAAGUUCUUCUCCGAGAGAGAAGCCAGCUCAGUACUCCACACCAUCACCAAGACCGUGGAGUACCUACACUCACAAGGGGUGGUGCACAGAGACCUGAAACCCAGUAACAUCCUGUAUGUGGACGAGUCGGGCAACCCAGAGUCUCUGCGCAUCUGUGACUUUGGCUUCGCCAAGCAGCUACGCGCUGACAACGGCCUGCUCAUGACGCCAUGCUACACCGCUAACUUCGUGGCUCCAGAGGUUUUGAAGCGACAGGGAUACGAUGAGGGCUGUGACAUCUGGAGCCUGGGAGUGCUACUGUACACCAUGCUGGCGGGCUUCACUCCGUUUGCAAACGGGCCUGAGGAUUCUCCAGAGGACAUCCUGAGCAGGAUAGGCAACGGCUCCUUCACACUCACUGGAGGCAACUGGGACCAUGUCUCCAACGCCGCAAAGGAGUUGGUAUCUAAGAUGCUGCACGUGGACCCCCAUCAGCGGUUGACAGCCAUGCAGGUCCUGAAGCACCCCUGGAUCCUCCAGAGAGACAAGCUGCCCAACAGCCAGCUGCAGCACCAGGAUGCCAACCUGGUCAAGGGGGCGAUGGCGGCUACCUACCAGGCCCUGAAGAGUUCCCAGCCCCCGCCGGAGCUGAAGCCCAUUGAGUCGUCCUUCCUGGCCCAGCGGCGCGUCAAGAAGCUGCCCUCCACCUCCCUGUAGAGAGAGGAGACGCCCAGAGAGACAUGGACUUACCACACACACAAACACACACACACACACACACACACACACACACACACACACACACACACACGUACACACACACACACACACACACACACACACACACACACACACACACACACACGUACAUAUCAUAAGCAAACCAUGAUUGAGGAUGACGACCUUCACUCAAACCAUUAGCAGCUGAAGCUAGCCUCCCUCCACUCCACUCCCCCCUCCCCCACUCCAC